UUUGUGGACUUUGGACUACAUUGUGAGAUCACGCUGCUGCACAGACACAAUUAUAUAAGAGCUCACAGUCAGACCGAGUUGAGCUCAGUCUGCUUCAGUGUUGCUGAGAGGGCCCUUCACUGUCGCACUGUAGUGCUUUCAACAGGGGUUCUGAGAGGCUUGUGUAGGAAUGCAGUGUGUUACGGUUCUGGGGCUGCUGGCUUUGCUCUGCUGCUCCUCUAUAGGGACAGUACAAGGGGGAAAGAUAGUGGUCAUGCCUGUGGACGGCAGCCACUGGCUCAGUAUGAAGAUUCUGGUGGAGGAGUUGUCUCAGAAAGGCCACGAGAUGGUGGUUUUGGUUCCUGAGGCUAGCCAGCAUAUCCGCAAUGGCAGCUACACCACUAGGACCUUCAAGGUACCCUACACAGAGGCUGAUCUGGAUGCCAUUAUUGAUGAAUUUAAGGAGGUGUCAAUGAAAGGUCCAGAGCGUUCUGAUAUUUUACUGAACAUGAAGGCGCUUACAAACUUUCACAACAUGCAAAUGAAAGGCUGUGAAGGCCUGCUGUACGACGAGCCUCUGAUGAGGAGCCUGCGGGAGCAAGGCUUUGAUCUCAUGCUGACUGACCCUUUCCUACCUUGUGGUGCGAUCAUUGGUGAUGCCUUUUCCAUUCCUGUUGUUUAUUUCUUGCGUGGGAUCCCCUGCGGACUGGACCUGGCAGCAGCUCAGUGCCCCUCACCCCCUUCUUAUAUCCCACGCUUGUUCACAGGCAACACAGACAUCAUGAAUUUUCCUCAGAGGGUCAAGAACAUGUUCAUGACUGGGUUUGAGUCGGUCCUCUGCCGAUUUGUUUAUGCCAGCUUUGAUGAACUGGUCAGCAGAUACCUUAAGAAGGACACUACCUAUAAACAGCUUUUAAGCCAUGGUGCAAUUUGGCUUAUGAGGUACGACUUCACCUUUGAAUACCCUAGACCCCUAAUGCCCAACAUGGUGACUGUUGGGGGCAUCAAUUGUGCCAAGAAGAAGCCCCUGCCAGCGGAUCUGGAGGAGUUUGUGAACGGCUCUGGAGAGCAUGGCUUCGUCGUGUUCACUUUGGGCUCCAUGGUGUCUGAACUGCCGGAGGUCAAAGCCAAGGAAUUCUUUGAUGCCUUCAGACAGAUUCCUCAGAGGGUCCUGUGGCGAUACACUGGAGUGGUUCCCAAAGAUGCACCAAAGAACGUCAGACUGAUGAAGUGGCUUCCUCAGAACGAUCUCUUAGCUCACCCUAAGGCCAAGGCUUUCAUCACACACGGAGGAACCCAUGGGCUGUAUGAAGGGAUCUGUAACGGAGUGCCCAUGGUGAUGAUUCCACUGUUCGGAGAUCAGGGAGAUAACGUCCAGCGCAUGGUGGCUCGCGGUGUCGCAGAAACCCUAAACAUCUAUGACAUAACUUCAGAGAAGCUGCUGGUGGCCCUGAGAAAAGUCAUCAAUGACAAAAGCUACAAAGAGAAGAUGAUGAAGCUGUCUGCGAUCCACAGAGACCGUCCCAUCGAGCCGCUGGACCUGGCCGUGUUCUGGACCGAGUUUGUGAUGAGGCAUAAAGGAGCAGAUCACCUGCGGCCGGCUGCUCACGACCUGAACUGGGUUCAGUACCACAGCCUGGACGUCAUCGGCUUCCUCCUGCUCAUUCUCGUGACUGUCAUCUUCGUGACCUUCAAGAGUUGCGUGUUCUGUUUCAGGAGGUGUUUGAGGAAGAGUCACAAGAAGAAGAAGGAGUGAAAGGAGACCAGUGAGUGAAUCAGGUUUUCAGGGCUUUUCUCAGUGUUUCUGUAGGAAUUCUCUGUUUGUAGUGCUGUAUAAGGUGGACUGCAGUAUCUCUUAAACACUUGAACACGUUCCACUACCUCCUUCUAGCACUGCAGGCUGUAGAUGGAUCACAGCGCUGUAGGUUGUGUUUUCUUUUUUUUUUUUAGUAUUUGAAUUUUUAGAUCUUGACCAUUUGGUAAUGGUCUAAUUGUGAGGGGUUUUUUUGAUGACCAUAUGAUUUGAUGUGCUAUGAUCUGUAUUAUGAUUCUGAAGACCCUGAUUUAGUGAAAUAUUAAUAUAGUAUAGAUUGUAUUAGAUUUAAACUUGGGGAAAAUGGAAGGGCAAACAUUCCUAUUUUUUUUCCAUUUUUCAAAGAUCGGGAUAUCUUCUAAACUUAGUUUUGGGUUUAGUUUUAUUCUGGGCUGUGAGAAUUCAUAGAAUCUAUGUUUUUAACAAGUUUAUACGUUUUAAUGUUUAUAGAAACAUUUUAAUGCAUGGACUUCAUUUCAUUUACAUCAAAUUGCUCUGCUGACAUUAAUUUUUACAUUUUUGUUUCAUGACCACAUGUGAAUUAGACUUUUUUCAGAGAAUAUAUAUUUCAGAAAUGGUUCACAUAGAUAGCUAGUUCUGUUCUGACUGUUCUCUGUACAUAUGCAAAAAUAAAAUGCUUAUUUUUCA